AUGGGGAAGCUAGCAAAACCGCAAAGAAGUAAGAAACAUAAGAAACUCAAAUGCGUGGAUCCAUUCUAUGUAGGCAGCAGGAAGGACGUUCGCCAGGCUGCAUGCAAUCAAAAGCCAACAAAUUGUGAACAGGAAGUGCCAAAGAAACUGCGACACCUUGGCUUCUCGAUUGAUGGUGUCCGGAGUGGACAAGUUGGGAAAAAGAGUAGGAAUAAAUUUUUGAAACAUCCUGAUGCGCCCCAUAAAUACAACAAUCAGUUCAGUACUGUACUGGGAACUAAGGCCUCAUCCAGAAAAAAUGAACCAAAGAAACAUUCGGCAGAUAACAGCGGAAAAGCCCAGCAGCUCAAGAAACACAAGAAACGUUUUAUGCCUAAGAUUUCAGAAAAAGAUGUCAGCGACUUCAUCGACAACCUGCAGCCACCCAGACCCUACACUGAAUCAUUCACCUUUAAGAAACAGUCACAGGAGACCGAUUCCAAAUUCAUGAGACGGGUCCACGAGGAAACCAACCGGGCACUCACUAAGACUCAGAUUGAUGAACAGUUGGAGAUGAGCGACAAGAGAAAACUGCUCCUGAAAUUGAAGCCCAAGAAAGGAAUGAGUGACAAGAAAAAAGAGCGCUUAAAGGACAAGAAGAAAAAGAAAGUGCAAGCAGUCAGAGAAAAGAGACAGGAGAAGAAUCUAGAUUUUGGGUCUUUGAAAGACAGUAUUCAGUUUGGAGAUGUUGUGCAUGCUCCGCCUGUUCUGUCUGUGAGACCCAAGAAGGCUGCUGGGCCAGAGCUGGACCGGCCAGGUCUGCGAAUGCCCGAACUGAAAGCCAUUAUCGAUGGGCACAAAGAACAGGCUAGCUCAGCCAUGGCAAAGCCAGGACAUUCUGUGACAGAGAAGCAGACACGGCCAGUAGGAAAGUCCAUCAAGCGGAAAGCAAUGUCAAAAGUUGAGCAGCACCUAGCAGAUGUGCAGAGGGACUCAUUUAUCAGUGCCUAUAGGCAGCGGAAACAAGGCCAGCUGUCUCUCCUUAAAUAG